GUGGACGCGGCAUUGGGGGAGGGGACGGGGGUCGCGGGGCUACUGGGAGUCCCAGUCCAGCCUAAGACCUCUGGGCGUGGUGGGCACCGGCCUUCGCCGUCGGAGCAGGGGUCCCAGACUCGCACCCAAAAGUUCCCGACGGGCCCGAGCGGGGAGGAGCUGCGGGGCGGGCAGACGCGGAGAUGGCGGAGGGCGGUGGGACGAGAUGCGCGGGUCAGAGCCGGGCCUUAAGAAGAAAGUGGAGGCCCCUGGCAGCGGUGUCCCCUCGGGGACCCCUCUGCCGGUCCCACCAGGUGUCCGGCUUUGCUGGCCCAGCAAGCCUGAUAAGCAUGAAGCUCUUAUCUUUGGUGGCUGUGGUCGGGUGUUUGCUGGUGCCCCCAGCUGAAGCCAACAAGGUGAGGGAGGUGAGCCUGCAGCACCUGGUCACGACCACCGUGCACGGCCACCCUGUCUACAGGGCUGACUCAGAGAGUUCUGAAGACAUCCGGUGCAAAUGCAUCUGUCCACCUUAUAGAAACAUCAGUGGGCACAUUUACAACCAGAAUGUAUCCCAGAAGGACUGCAACUGCCUGCACGUGGUGGAGCCCAUGCCAGUGCCUGGCCACGACGUGGAGGCCUACUGCCUGCUGUGCGAGUGCAGGUACGAGGAGCGCAGCACCACCACCAUCAAGGUCAUCAUUGUCAUCUACCUAUCCGUGGUGGGUGCCCUGUUGCUCUACAUGGCCUUCCUGAUGCUGGUGGACCCUCUGAUCCGAAAGCCGGAUGCAUACACUGAGCAACUGCACAAUGAGGAGGAGAAUGAGGAUGCUCGCUCUAUGGCAGCAGCUGCUGCAUCCCUCGGGGGACCCCGAGCAAACACAGUCCUGGAGCGCGUGGAAGGUGCCCAGCAGCGGUGGAAGCUGCAGGUGCAGGAGCAGCGGAAGACAGUCUUCGAUCGGCACAAGAUGCUCAGCUAGAUGGGCUGGUGUGGUUGGGUCAAGGCCCCAACACCAUGGCUGCCAGCUUCCAGGCUGGACAAAGUGGGGGGCUACUUCUCCCUUCCCUCAGUGCCAGUCUUCCCUUUAAAAGCCCGUGGCAUUUUUCCUCCUUCUUCCUAACUUUAGAACUGUUGUACUUGGCUAUUUUGAUUAGGGAAGAGGGAUAUGGUCUCUGAUCUCUGUUGUCUCCUUGGGUCUUUGGGGUUGAAGGGAGGGGGAAGGCAGGCCAGAAGGGAAUGGAGACAUUCCAGGCGGCCUCAGGAGUGGAUGCGGUCUCUCUCUCCUGGCUCCACUCUUGCCACCUUCCAGCUCUGAGUCUUGGGAAUGUUGUUACGCUUGGAAGAUAAAGCUGGGUCUUCAGGAACUCAGUGUCUGGGAGGAAAGCAUGGCCCAGCAUUCAGCAUGUGUUCCUUUCUGCAGUGGUUCUUAUCACCACCUCCCUCCCAGCCCCAGCGCCUCAGCCCCAGCCCCAGCUCCAGCCCUGAGGACAGCUCUGAUGAGAGAGCUGGGCCCCCUGAGCCCACUGUGGUCUUCAGGGUGCACCUGGAAGCUGGUGUUCCCUGUCCCCUGUGCACUUCUCCCACUGGGGCAUGGAGUGCCCGUGCAUACUCUGCUAACAGUCCCCUCAUCUGCACUUGAGGGGGCUGGGCAGUCCCUCCUCUCCCCAGUGUCCACAGUCACUGAGCCAGACGGUUGGUUGGAACAUGAGACUCAAGGCUGAGCGUGGAUCUGAACACCACAGCCCCUGUCCUUGGGUCGCCUCUUGUCCCUGAACUUCGUUGUACCAGUGCAUGGAGAGAAAAUUUUGUCCUUCUCUUGUCUUAGAGUUGUGUGUAAAUCAAGGAAGCCAUCAUUAAAUUGUUUUAUUUCUCUCA